AUGACUCAAAACCAGCCUGAUAUCAAGCCAGAUGUCUCUCCCUGUCUGACAGCUACGACUCAAAACCAGCGAGAAAUCAAGCCAAAUGUCUCUCCCAGUCUGACAGUUUCGACUCCAAACCAGUAUGAGAUCAAACCAGAAGCAUCUCCCUGUCUGAUAGUUACGACUCAAAACCAGUAUGAGAUCAAGCCAGAUGUCACUCCCUGUCUGACAGUUACGACUCCAAACCAGCAUGAGAUCAAGCCAGAUGCAUUUCCUUAUCUAACAGCUAUGAAUCAAAAUCAGCCUGAUACUGUUCACGAGCCCAGCACCUCUGAGAGUUCUCUGCCAUUAACAUCUGGAAACCUUUUGGCCGACGUCACAGACUCUGGCGUGAAAGUUUACAAAUGCAGUUUGUGUAACUACAAAAGUAGUGAACGGAGUUGUUUGAGAGCACAUCUGAGAACUCACAAAGGAGAUAAAGCAUUUAAAUGCCCCGUAUGUGACUACAGAUGUCAUCAAAAAAGAGCUUUGAUUAUACAUGCCAGAUCUCACACAAGAAAGGACGCUUUUAAAUGCAGCCUUCGUGACAAAUCUAAAGAGAAGAAGCAUCACCCAAAACAAGUUCGACCUAGAAAAGGAGAUAAGCCGUUUAAGUGUACUUUUUGUGAUUACAGAUGUAGUGUAAGAGGUCAUAUGAUAAUCCACACCAGAACCCACACAGGGGAGAAACCGUUUCAGUGUUCUUUGUGUGACUACAGAUGUAGUGUAAAGUCAAGCUUGAGAAUCCAUACUAGAACCCACACAGGAGAGAAACCGUUUAAGUGUUCUUUGUGUGACUACAGAUGUAGUGUAAAGUCAAGCUUGAGAAUCCAUACUACAACCCACACAGGAGAGAAACCGUUUAAGUGUUCUUUGUGUGACUGCAGAUGUAGUGUAAAGUCAAGUUUGAGAAUCCACACCAGAACCCACACAGGAGAGAAACCGUUUAAGUGUUCUUUGUGUGACUACAGAUGUAGUGUAAAGUCAAGUUUGAGAAUCCAUACCAGAACCCACACAGGAGAGAAAGCGUUUAAGUGUUCUUUGUGUGACUACAGAUGUAGUGUAAAGUCAAGCUUGAGAAUCCAUACUAGAACCCACACAGGAGAGAAACCGUUUAAGUGUUCUUUGUGUGACUACAGAUGUAGUGUAAAGUCAAGCUUGAGAAUCCAUACUAGAACCCACACAGGAGAGAAACCGUUUAAGUGUUCUUUGUGUGAUUACAGAUGUAGUGUAAAGUCAAGCUUGAGAAUCCAUACUAGAACACAUACAGAGGAGAAACCAUUUAAAUGUUCCAGAUGUGAUUAUAGAUGUUGUGUAAAGAGUCAGCUAACCGGGCAUGAAAGAACUCACACAGGAGAGAAACCAUUCAAAUGUACCUGGCGUGACUACAGAUGUGCCGAAAGGACACUUUUGACUAUACAUAUCAGAGCUCACACAUGCGAGAAACCAUUCAAAUGUACCUUGUGUGAUAAAGAAUUUAAGCUGAGGGCUCAUCUAACAAUGCACAUAAGAUCUCACACAGGGGAGAAACCAUUUAAAUGUACCUAUUGCGACUACAGGUGUAAUGAUAAGAGAAAUCUAACAACUCAUGUCAGGAUUCACACAGGGGAGAAACCAUUCAAGUAUCCCUUCUGUGACUUUAGGUGUUCCCAGAAGAGCCAUUUAACUACGCAUGUCAAAAGGCACACAGGGGAGAAACCAUACAAGUGUACCGUGUGUGACUACAGAUGUAAAGACAAGAGCUCCUUAACUGCACAUGCCAGAAUUCAUACUGGGGAGAAACCAUUCAAAUGUACCUUGUGUGACUACACGUGUAGUCAAAAUAGCUCUUUACACACCCAUGCCAGAACUCACACAGGAGAAAAGCGUUUUAAAUGUUCCUCGUGUGAUUACCGAUGUGCGAACAAAUCGACUCUCACUACCCAUGUCAAAAAGCACUCUGGCGAGAAAUCUGACUUAACACCUCAGAGCUCACGCUGA